CAGUGAUUGACACCUUCAGUGAAGCUCCUCCUACAUCAAUCCACCAAUAAAUACCAGAAACCAACAAGCAGAAGAAUCACUUCAGGUGUUAGAACUGAAAUCUUCACACUGUUGUUGGAGUUACUGGAAGAGAAGCUUGAGAACACGAGAGAUCCAGAACUACACAGAACACAAACUGAGGGACUGAAGAACACAGAGAUAUGAUGGAAGUGAAUAAGAACAUUCAACAUGGAGUAAAAGAUGCUUAUGAGAAACAUCAACCUCUGGACGGAGCUCCUGACACCGGAGAGAAACCUCACGCAUGUCUACAGUGUGGAAAGACUUUUAUAACCACGAGUCGCCUAAAGAUUCACAUGAGAAUUCACACCGACAAGAAACAAUUUGGAUGCAUUCAGUGUGGAAAGACUUAUACAGUCUCAAGACACCUUAAGGGACAUUUGAGAACUCACACCGGAAUGAAACCUCAUGCAUGUCUACAGUGUGGAAAGACUUUUACACAAACAAGUCACCUUAAAACACACAUGAGAAUUCACACCGGAAUGAAACCUCACGCAUGUCUACAGUGUGGAAAGACUUUUACACAAACAAGUCACCUUAAAACACACAUGAGAAUUCACACUGGAGAGAAACCUCACACAUGUCUAAAGUGUGGAAAGAGUUUUACAAAUAAAUGUAACCUUAAGACACACAUGAGAAUUCACACCGGAGAGAAACCUCAUGCAUGUCUACAGUGUGGAAAGAGUUUUACAAAUACAAGUCACCUUAAAACGCACAUGAGAAUUCACACUGGAGAGAAACCUCACACAUGUCUACAGUGUGGAAAGACUUUUACACAAACAGGAAGCCUUCAGUCACACAUGAGAAUUCACACCGGAGAGAAACCUCACGCAUGUCUACAGUGUGGAAAGACUUUUACACGCCCAGGAAGCCUUACUCAACUAAAGAUUCACAUGAGAAUUCACACCGGAGAGAAACCUCAUGCAUGUCUACAGUGUGGAAAGACUUUUACACGCUCAGGAUGUCUUAAGUCACACAUGAGAAUUCACACCGGAGAGAAACCAUUUGGAUGCAUUUAG